CCCCUUCAGCAUAUGUACGCCCACGUCAGCGCGUAGCAUGAUCCGCCGCUCGAUCCGCAGUCUCCAUCUCCUGCCGGUGUAACCAUCGUGAACUCCUAAAGGACAAGAGACCGUGCUACGGCCACAUUACCAGAUUAUUUUAUCAGCAGAUCGUCAUCAGACAUGGAAGCAGCCUCCCCCUCCAGUCAGUGCAGUUACAGUUAUGAGAAGUACAAAGAGACGGCAGACUGGUUGUUAACACAAACAGAGAGGCGUCCCAAAGUGGCCAUCAUCUGUGGUUCAGGCCUGGGUGGUCUCGCCGAACUGCUAGAUGAUAAGACCAUCUUCCCAUAUAAAGACAUUCCAUAUUUUCCUACCAGCACUGUUCAGGGCCAUGCAGGUCAGCUGGUGUUUGGGAAGCUGCAGGGCUGCGAGUGUGUCUGCAUGAAGGGGCGAUUCCACUUCUACGAAGGCUACGACAUUCAGACGGUCACCUUCCCGGUGAGAGUUUUCUUCUUACUGGGUGUGGAAAUUCUCAUUGUGACGAAUGCUGCAGGUGGACUCAAUGACAGUUACAGUGUAGGAGACAUUAUGCUUAUCAAGGAUCACAUCAACAUGCCUGGGUUUGCUGGGCAGAACCCUCUGUGUGGGCACAAUGAUGCAAGGUUUGGAGUGCGCUUCCCUUGCAUGUCUGAUGCAUACGACCGAGAGCUAAGGGUCCUAUCAAAGCAAGCAGCAAAGGAGCAGGGCUGUGACAGCUUCCUGCAGGAAGGCGUUUACUGCAUGCUAGCUGGACCGACAUAUGAGACUAUUGCAGAGAGCAGAGUUCUGCAGAAGCUUGGGGCUGAUGCUGUGGGUAUGAGCACUGUUCCCGAGGUGGUGGUGGCUCGUCACUGUGGAAUGCGUGUUUUGGGUCUGUCCCUCAUUACAAACAAGGUUGUGACAGAUUACGAAAGCAGCGAAAGGGCAAACCAUGAGGAGGUGCUGAGGACAACUGAACAUCGAGCACAGGACCUUCAGAGGCUUGUCAGUCACCUCGUGACUAAACUCUAACGUCUUCCCAUCUGAGAUGUGUUUGAACAAAAAAGUAACUGAAGUUCCUCUGUUGUUGUAGCUUUGAUCAAAAGGUUGGAAAUAACGUGCAAACAGGAAGUCUUUAUGGUCUUUGAAGAUAGCUUUUUCCAUAUUAUUGGGUGAGACAAUGAGUUUUAACAUUUUAAGUUUUCGAGAAUAUAUAGAAACAAGAAAAAAGUCAUAAUAUCUUUGAAAUAAAAUUAAAACACUACAAAAGCCUAGUUUGCAACUUUAUUUUUUUUGCGAACAAUUUUUUCUCUAUAUUUUGUCCGAUGAUUUGGCAGAUUUAACUCUGCCAAAUCCUGUGUUUUAAGACACCUAAAAUUUUAUUUUACAAGGCUGAAAAAGCAAUCUUUUAAUAAUUUAUCAUUCUACAACAUGAUUAAAAAGAUUAUGAAGAGGGCCAACUCUUAUGAAAUGUUAUCAGCAUUGCAAAGUUAAUAUAUUGUAUUCAUUCUAUACAGUUAGCUAUUCUUUUUUAGUACCGGGGUUGGUGGUGGAAACAAACAAGGGGUAUCAGACAACUACUGCCCCAGGAUUUGCAAUAUAAAAGGUUCAGUCUGCUGCACUGAGGAAACUUAGCAGGUGCUGAAAUAGCCUUACACUUUCUGAUUAAACUUUUGCUUUUUUUGGUAUUUUUUUUUAGCUUAGCUCAAACAAACUCAUUAUAAACACGCUACACGGCUGCAACUGAUUAAAGGUUUGGUUCUUUGAUUAAAGGCUUGUUUUAAGUUUCAGGAUCUUUUAAUCUAUGACUGGAUCACUUGCAAACAGAAAAUAAGUCAGAAACAAAAAUUUUUAUUUCUUUUGGAAAGGCCUGUUUGUUCUGCUCAGAUUUGGUUUUCAGUGUCAAUUACCUCAGCAUCUUGUUUUCAACCAGUCAAGUAUGUACAUGGGUCCAGACUGAAAUUAGAAAGUAAUAGUCUGGGGGGAAAAAUUCUAUUAUGGGACACCCUUAACAGUUGCACAGUAAUUGACAUUUUAUGCAGCUUCUUAUCUCAGGCAACAAUUAUGAAUAUUUGAUUUUAAUGUCUUUUACACUUAACUGUACUCAUAUGUCCCAUGGUAAAUCUCUAUAACGCUGAUUAGCAGUAAGGAAUAUUCAUAAAAAGGAAUAAGAAAUCUAAAUUCUCUGUUUAGCGAGAUAUCAUUUAUACAUCUCUUUCAGAACUUGCAUAUGGAGGACCAAGUCUGCCAUAUUGAAAAAAAACACAGAAAUAAAUAAAUAAAUGCUCAAUAAAUAUAUAAGCAUACCUAAAGUAGCAAUAUCAAAAGCAGUGUCUUACCACCAAUUAAAAACUGUGAAUCUACAUCAGGCAUGCCCAAAGUCGGUCCUCAAGGGCUGCUGUCCUGCAGGUUUUAGAGAUUUCCCUGCUCCAGCACAGCUGAUUAUUCAUUGAUAGCUGAUUAACAGGCUUUUGCUGGACUUUGAUAAUCAGAAUCAGCUGUGCUAAAGCAGGGAAACCUCUAAAACCUGCUCGACAGCAGCUCUUGAGAACCGACUUGGCAUGCGUGAUCUACAGGAUGCUAUCUGCUGUUUACAGGGAUGGAGAUUUGUUUUUGUUAUCAGCAGUGCAUAAAAUUACUUUUUUUCUGCUUUUUAAAUGAAAGGAGAAACUUUAAUCUGAACCUUCUUUUAAUGUAUUAAAGAAAUAAUAUAAAUCUGAUUUUAAGAGUCUAUUAGAUGUUAAAAAACUUUUUGUUGUUGGUCUUAUGUAAUGACAGAUUAUGAAAAGAAUUAAUACAAUCUCAAUGACAUGAAAAGUUAACCUUGACAAUUAAUAUUUUCAUAUAAGAAGGUAGAUGUGGAGUUUUAUUUGCUCACUAAGCAAUGACAACAAGGUAACAGCAGGGACCUGCAGUUUUCAAUAUGCUCUGUGCUGUCUUGGAAACAUUUGCCAGAUUUCCUUGACCGUCUCAUUCAUUAGAGCUGAAAAGGGCAAAAAAAUCCAAGAUCAGCAGUCAGCCUCUUAGACCAUUUGUAUCAGGCAGAACACCAAGAUGCUAAUGGUAUUCUUAAAGGGGAAUCACUCACAAGAGCAAACCAGCAGCAUGUUCCCUCAUUUUCAGUAGGAAACAAUUAUCUUUAGCAGGGCUUCAUGUUUAUACAACUAAAAAUGGUGCUAUUUUUGCUGGAAUUAUUCAAAGUUUAGAACUUGUUUUAGACAAGUUCAUCUUCAUUCUGUUUUUUUUGUUAUAUUGCAUCGAUUAAAUUUUUUUCGUGUUUGAUUUAACCCUACUUAUUAUUUCUAGGACUCUGUUUCAAAACUACUUUACAUACAGAAUAGUUUUCUGAAUAAGAUAAUUAAUUUCAUUGAAAAAUUUUGCUUUUGGUAAAUAAAAAAAUUGCAGAAAGCA